CACCCAACAUCCGAUUGCCGAUGAGAUCCAUCUGACCACUGUCUCCGCUGCGCCGCCUGUGUUGCCGGUGGAAACGGCCCGGCUCUAUCCACCCUGCCACUGUUGCAAAUGCAAUGCUUUCAUCGACAUCUUUGGACAUGGACAUGGGCAUGGGGGCACAUGGCAAGAAGGCGUGUUGCGGUUGUGUCUGAUCCGCCCCGACCAUGGCUCGGAAUAUUCCAGCUUAAUGCCAGGCCUUCGCCAGCUUGUAACAUAUUGUUAGUCCGUAAUCCGUACCUGAGGUGGGUAUGGAGCCUGAGAGCUGGCGGCUGUCAUGGCGCUUCCGCUUUGGCUGCUGUUCAAUUCUAGAAACCCGCGAAGCUCUCGUGGAGUCGCUUUGAGCAGUACCAUGUCAUGGUGUCUUGUUUUAUGUAUCUGAAGCUGUGUGGGGGUUCAGGGUCCUAAGCAACACAAUGCUCAGCAACGGUGAGCCUUUCUCUACGGGCCGAAUCGUGUAAGAGUUGCAAGUCACCGUCUUCCCUUGAUAACGACCUCGAGUCCUGUCCAGCAUGCCACUUUGAAGACACUGGUAAUGCGUUCUCUGCCCGUUGCUCAUUGAUCUUAACGACACUGUUGUGGGCGUUAAGCCUCAAGCCCCUGCACACCGAUGCAGCUCCGGCGGUCUGGCGGCCCCGUCAGCGGCGCCAGCUCACACUGAUGACUAAGACGCAUCCGACCCUUCACCGCGUAGGCGGCCGCCCCCUUGUCCAAGUGUUGCCCGGGGCAUUCGCUUACCUGAUGACGUCUAAACCCAAACUUCCACUCGAUUCUGUCUCGCCGAGUCCAACCUCACGCGACUCCUAAUCUUCACUGCCCCCGACUUUGGAGACUCACGUCCAACUCAUGAAUGUGCAGGAGGAGUGCUCUCUGAAUGAGAAGCAAUAAUGUCUGUUGUGGCCGAUCAAGUCCGUCGCUUAGACGCGCAGCUGGAUCGGAUUCCUCUGGGCCUGAGCCUCUCCCAAGAAGACGGCGAACUUUCUGCCGAGGAGCAUGGCAUUUUUAACUCUGCCACGGUAGACGCCUUGUCGUCGCCGAGAAUCGACGAGCUUCUGCGCAUCGCGAGAGCUCUGUCCACCACCUCGUCCUCGCUCUCGCUGCUCCCUUCCCAGAGGAUCCGCGCUCUACUGCAUCAGUCAAAGCUGGCAGAGUGGGACUUUCAGGCCGAGAAAAGCCGGGGGGCUGGGCGAGGUCAUUAUCAAUCAGAAAUCGAAUGGCUCCUCAUAAGCAAGGCCACCGUGCAAACCUACGGAAUCAUCUUAAACACCCUCCUGGACCAGAUCAUUCCCCUGAGUGAUGAGAUGUGGUACUGGGAUGAGGUUUUGAGUUCAUAUACUUACAGUAGCCUCUAUACCGUACAGACCUCGCCGUUACGCUUAUGGGCACUGACCAAAGACGUCUACCACGAGAGCAAACAUCGGAUACAAAACAUCAGCCACGCACCAGGAGACCUCGUUGAGUCGACGCGGACCGGGCUAUCUCAGCAAUGGAAACAGUUUUACGGCAUUGUGCGGGACAGCAUUAGAGACUCCUCGAUUACGACCCUUCAGCGCAAGGUUCUUUCGCCUGUGGCCCUCAGCCGCGGUGAAGCCAGGAGAAAACUGGCCCAUCUUAAGCGUCUGCGAGACAUGAUAGCAAGCGGUCUCGGCGUCCUUGUCGACGAAGGGCUGACAUUCGGCGGAGACGAAGAUGACGACGACAAGAGCGAGGCAGGCGUCAACAGCCAUGACUGGAAAGGCGUGGUAGAGAGAAGUGUGGCUCUCAUGGACAUGGUCUUAAAGGAAGCGUUGGUUCUCGAGUAUGGGGUCAGCGAGUUCGAGGACAAGGUCUUUGCCGGAGUCGAGGAAGAUCCAGAACUUAGUAUCCAUAUCGAGGACGCCAACGCCGUGGAAAAGCCUUCUGUUCUCGCCAGACGCCUCCUCAACAUUCUCGACACCGGGCUUCCCAAUCACGUCGCCGCUGCGCAGAUUCUUGUUCGCAACAACGGUCGCCCGUCAAGACUCAUUCGGUACUGGUUGCCCGCAACUGCCGCUCUGCUGUCAUCGACGACCAUUCUCCAACUUCUCGCCAACCGUCGUGCCGAGAUCCUCGGCUGGGUCCAGGACAUUGGGGCCACGGCUCGCGACUUUUGGUUCAACUGGGUCGUCGAGCCGACACGCAAGAUUGUGGGAACUAUCCGGCACGACUCGAGCAGCGAGAUUGCCAUCAUGAGCCGAGACAGCCUGAAAGCCGACCGCGAAAGCCUGGAACGCAUGGUUGUGGAUUUUGCCUUGGACAAGCCUCAUUUUGUGGGCGAUGGCGCCUCGCUUACCGAUGUUCAGAUUGCCGAUCUCAGGACCAAGGUCAGCGAAGGAGACGUCACGCCGGUCCUACGCGCAUUCGAAAAGGACCUGAGAACCCCAUUCGUAGGCGCAAUCAAGGGCGACCUCGUUCGAUCUCUUCUCAUUCAGGUGCAAAAGACCAAGGUCGACCUAGAGGUAGCCAUUAGCGGCAUCGACUCGUUGCUCAAGAGCCAGGAACUGGUCUUUGGCUUCGUGGGCCUCACUCCAGGUGUGCUCGUCUCGAUCGGCAUUGUCCAAUAUCUUCGCGGCAUCUUCGGCGCCCGCAGGGGAGCCCGUCACAGCCACAAGGCUGGAAAGAGCAUUCGAGUGUUGCGCAACAUUGACCGGAUCUUCUCGGAGGCGACGCCAUCGCAGAACAAUCUUCUUUCCUACAAGGAUCACGGCCUGCUUCUGUGCGAGGUGCACGUGCUGCGUAACCUGAUGCAGAGAGCGCUGCCCCGCGACAGGCAAAGGGAAUUCCGAGAGGACUUGGAUGACCUUGCCAACCUGAAAGGCAUUCAGGUGCAGAUUAGGGCAUUGGAUCGCAUUCGCUGGGCCUACGCCAGAUGGCUACAGUGAAGGCAGAGAGGAGGAGGAGGAGGGUGAGGAGGAAGAGAAAGAGACUUGGGCGCAAUAACGAUUCGCAUGGAUACACGGUCUUACAGGUUUCAGCAUUCAGGUCACUUUUAUUACGCACAGCGGGAACUGUCUAUGCAGUGGGAUUUGUACCACAUCUGUGUAUUCGCUGGAGGCAUCAUGAAUUGUCAAAGGAGCAUUGCAAACUAGCACCGGAGCUUAGCAGGCGGCAUUUGUCACUAUGGACGGCGGUUGAAUCAAAAAGUCGGUUUCUUGGCGCAAUU